GUCAGGUUUGUUUACAUUUUUUGUGUAAACAUGAAAAAUAAGCUCUGUGAAAAUUAGUGAUUUUCCCACAAAUGGCAAAUAAAUCUGAACUUUUCCUAUUUUCAUGGGGAGCAAAUUCCCAUGGGCAAUUGGCGAUUGGUGUUGAGAGUGAACAGGAAGUUACACCACAGAGGGUGGAUUUGUCGUUUCUUGAGGCAAAACCCGCGCAGAUUGUGGGUGGAGGAGGACACACGUUGAUUUUGGACGCCAAUGGGCAGGUGUAUGCGUGUGGAUGGAACUCCAGAGGGCAAUUGGGCGUGGGUGAUGAGAAGAAUCGCUGUACGUUCACCAAAUUACCCCAGGAUGCAUUUCAGGAGAAGAAAAUCAAGAGCUUGGCUUGCGGAUGGGACACAUCAGCUGCUGUUACCAUUGAUGGGGAACUCUUUAUGUGGGGUUCAAAUCAAUUCAAGCAAUUUGGCAAUCAAGAAAUUCCCCAUUCAAACGUACCAGUGUUGAUUUCCCUACCGGAAAAAGUUUCCACAAUUGCCUUUAGUCUUCGUCAUGUUUGCAUUUUAACCGUAGAUGGAACGUUGUACCUAUCUGGGAAAUCAAGGUUUAUUGGAAAGACUGAAAUGGGGGGAUUUAUGAAGAUUACAGAGGAUAAAAUCGCAAAAAUUGCCACCGGACAACACCACGUGAUUUAUUUAACCACAUCAAGAGAGAUCUAUUCUCGUGGAGACAAUAAAUUUAAUCAACUUUCGGAUGAAUCACUGACCAAAUUCUCCUCGGAAAUUGCUGAAUUGAAAUCCGGAUGGACUCACAGUGGAUUCCUCACUAAUUCCGAGGAGGUUUUCCUCUGGGGAAGAAAUUCCUACGGACAACUUGGGCAGGAGUGUGAAAAAUCAAUUGCCACCCCGACGAAAUUGGAACUUCCGGAUAAAGUCCGGGAAUUGCAUCUUGGAUCAGAGCACGGGCUCUGUGUUACAAAAUCCGGGGAGGUCUUCACGUGGGGUUGGAAUGAGCAUGGAAAUUGUGGAAAUGGCACCACAGACAAUGUGUACAAACCAGAGAAGGUUGAGCUUCCUGGAAGAUGUUCCUUGGCGGGAGUUGGAGCUGGAUUCUGUUUUUGUUUUUUAUGAAGAAAAAUCAAAAUAAAAUUAAAAAUUAUUGUGAGACAAAUAAAUGGACUGGUAAGCUGACUGAGCUUACAGGAAGCUGUAAAAAUCAUUGCUAAAAAAAUUAACUAAAAAUUAAUUAAUUAUUUUUGAGAAAAUAUUUGUAUUUAAAUUUAUUGUUGAUGUGAAUUAAAUAAAAAUCUAUCCUCCAUAGCCACUGAGGAUGACACGCAGAGUGUCGAAAGCUCUGGCAA